CGACUAAAACGCGCAUCGUCCUGCACCAGAACAAACUGAAAAUAUCACCGCGUAAAACCAUCUAUAACCAAUCAUCUUUUCAAAAUUUCGCCUCUGAUUCUGCUCCCACCUCCAACAAUGGCGACUGCGCUCAUCUACCAUCCUCAUCUCAGCAGAAACAUGCUCGAUUUCAAAUGCUCUAACUCGUAUUCUCUCUCUACAACUCUCAAGCAGACACCGCCCAAUCCUCGGAGCUUCUCUAGUAGGAAGCUUUUCAAGCGAUUCGGAAGAUUGUCUUGUUCUGCUGUUGAAGACGUGACGCAGAAACAGCAAGAAAUUAGUACAACCAGCAAUUUCAAUGAGGCUAGCAAUGAUGCAGAAGAAAAUCCUUUUCUGAACAAUAAGUUAGAUGAUGGGGGAAAUUCCAUCUACGACAUUCUUUAUCCGAGCAAAGAGCUUCUCCCAGACGACGUAGAAAUGAGUGUAUACGACCAUUUAGAGGAGCUGAGGCAGAGAAUUAUUGUCUCAGUUUUGGCUGUUGGAGCUGCCAUUGUUGGUUGUUUUGCUUUUUCAAAGGAUCUCAUCUUGAUUCUCGAGGCCCCUAUUAGUGCACAAGGUGUUCGUUUUCUACAACUUGCUCCUGGAGAAUUUUUCUUCACAUCUCUUAAGGUUUCUGGAUACUGUGGCCUUCUAAUAGGGAUCCCUGUGAUUCUCUACGAGAUCAUAGCUUUCGUUCUUCCAGGUUUAACAGUGGCAGAAAGAAGAUUUCUGGGGCCGAUUGUCCUAGGCUCGUCUGUCCUCUUCUAUGCAGGCAUCGCCUUCUCCUACCUCGUUCUCACUCCAGCCGCCCUGACAUUCUUUGUGAGCUACUCCGAGGGGGCAGUUGAGUCACUGUGGUCAAUUGAUCAGUACUUUGAGUUUGUGCUUGUGCUCAUGUUCAGCACUGGCUUGUCGUUCCAGGUCCCUGUUAUACAACUGCUUCUUGGACAAUUGGGGUUGGUUUCUUCGGCUCAAAUGCUGUCGAUAUGGAGAUACGUUGUGGUAGGCUCAGUGGUUGCUGCUGCUGUGCUCACGCCCUCGACCGAUCCUCUAACUCAGAUGCUCCUCGCUGGCCCUCUUAUGGGUCUCUAUCUUGGUGGCGCAACGAUGGUUAAAGUCAUCGGGCGAUAACUGUUGCUUGCAAGAAUAGGCGUUUCUGGCUGUAUAAAGAUUUUUUUGGUAAAAUCGUAGAAUGUGUAUACAGUAUACGCCCAUUUGAAGAAAUCUUGAAAUUACUUGAGCUGUUUGCAAUA